GAGUGCUUGUUUGAGUUUAGUGCAUUUUAAACAUGUUGGAGCGAAACCGGGUUGUGUUGUUUUAAUAGAAAUUUGUAAUGAAAUAUGUCAGAAAUAAAACGCGUGGCAUUAACUACUUUUCAGACGCAGAAAGUGAGUGAUAAAUCAACCAAAAAUCAGUGCAAAACACUAAGGAUAUCUGUGAUUUUACCCGAAUCUAAUGAGGACAACUGCCCUGAAUAUAACUAUAAGGACCAAGUAGAAGCUAUAGAGAAAAAGUCGAGACAGGGCAAGGACUCCAAUAAUGUUGAAAAUGUGGAAAAUGGCUUGGACCCAUUUGGAGAGACCGAUGAUGACGUCAGAAGAAUUGCACUCGAAAUGGAAGCAAAAUAUGGCACCGGAAUGACUGAUGGCAAGAAGAAACGGAAAGGCAGGAAAGAUGAUUAUGCCGAUAUCGGCAUGGGCUAUGAUGAAUCGGAUUCUUUCAUCGACAAUACAGAUGGUUAUGACGAGAUUAUUCCUCAAAAUGUAACAACUCUCCAUGGGGGUUUCUACAUCAAUUGUGGCGCCCUCGAAUUCAAGACUGACGACGAAGCAAGUUCUCAAAUUUCUUCGUCAUCUUCAUCUUCAGAGGAUGAAGAGGGAAAUCAACCGAAAACAAAUCGAAAGAGAAUACUGGAAACUUCUGGUGAAAGUGACAGUGAAACCGGCACUACAACUCAUACAGAAAAGAAAGUGAAACUUCAAGCACCCAAAAAUACAAUGCAACAGGCAAUCAAGAAAAAACUGUUCAGUGCUAAUAAGAUCCAAGUGAAGAAGAGGCGACCUAUAGACCCUCUUAAAAAGACUGUCAAGGAUCUGUUGCGAGAAAAGCGCGAAGAUCUCAAUAUGACUGUUCCUGAAGAAUUGAAAGAAAUUGAAGAAAAUAUGGAAAAAGAUUCUUUGAAGGAAAACAAGGUACCAAUGAGUAUUAGCAGUGUGACAGAUGCCAUAGAAUCUGUCCUCAAGCAAGUUGUUCAAGAGGAAAAUUGCGCAGAGAAUCAAGAUAAACAGAUUGUUGCUGUAGAAACGAAGUCCUCACCAAAUAUAAGUAAAAACGUACUUGAAAUCUCCCAACCACAGCCCAUGGAGACAGAAUCUAGUCAAGAACUGAACAAGAUUGAGAAACGAGAAGCAGCUAAGUUGCCGGAAAAUUUACCUGCUGAUAUCAUGGAGAUAGUAGAGAAGAUCAGAAAUGCUGCUAUAAACUACAAGGGAGAGGGAAAGAAGGCGUUUUACACUGAUGAAGUCAACUUGCUCCUACUCAGUUUGGAGAGGAAAUGUAAGGUACUUGGUAAAUCAUCCAGGCUCAGAGUUUACGAGCACCUGUCGAGUUAUGUAGUGUGUAGAAAAGAGACUCUCAUCAAACGUGCCAAAAACCUUGUUCUUGAAGAUGAAGAAAAACGACUGAAAAUAUUGACAGUCAAGCUGAAAGAUACAAUCGACCGCAUGAUGCCUUCAUUAUUGACAAAUUAUGAACACGAGAGUCAGAAAGUGUUGCAGAAGAAAUUUUCGAAAGAGUCUGGCAAUAACGAAGACAAUAAAGCUCUGAAAAUGCCGAGAAGAAAGUUCCAGUGGACUGAUGAAGCGAAGCGACUCAUCAAGGAUAUCCUCAGCAUUAAGAAACGCUGCCUGAUUUUAGAAGGCAAACAGAAAGAUAAGCUUGAAGAACAAGCUGUUGAAUAUCUAAGGGCUGUCAUUCUGCCUCUCUGGCCAGAAGGUUGGAUGUACUUGAAUAACCUCAAAAAAGUCUACAAUAGCAUGAGCGAAAGUUCCAAAUUAAUAGACUCCAAGUCAGCAUCUUCGAAUUCUAACCCUAACAAGUCGAAACAUUCCAUCAGUAACAGCAGUUCGACAACGUCCACGAAAGUUUUGAACAGUUCAGUUAGUAAACUUGGGAGUGAUGUGCAACUAUAUCCUUUGACAAAUAUCCAGAAUGUUUCUUCUUCUGGCAGCGGAGUAUUUAAAGAAAGUGAUAAACCCGUAGGUGAUCAGGGUACUAAUGUUUCGUUCUCUACUAAGACGGAACCCUUGAAAAGACUCAAUGAAAUCGAGGUGUUCAAGCCUUAUGCAGAGAAAUAUCCAAAAUCAAGCCCACAAAAUCUGAAGAGUAUUUCUCCGGAAAUAGACAAACCUUCGGACCUUUCGAAGAGCUCAAAAUAUAAUGAUAUGUUCAAACCAUAUGUUUCAGAGGGUGACUUGUCUAAAAAAUCGGGUCAGGGCGAGGUUUUCAAGCCGUAUACUGAAAAAAAUGUUCUGGCGCAAGAACAUUCUUCGUUUCCCUUUGCUGAUAGGACUCCUGGGAAAGCUGUAGAAAGUGAACCUCAGACUAAUAAGUAUAUGGGGUUCACGAAAAAAUAUAUUCCGCAUUCAGACACAGUGUCGUCAAAUGUAGAUAAAGUUACUGCUUACCCGGAGAAUAUGUCAAGUUAUGUAGAAAAUUAUGUAAGUCAAACGAAGAAGCAUGCGUCGGAAAAAAUACCCGAAGCUCAUGUUCAGAAACCUGUAGUACAUCCCGAGAAUCCUAGUCUGUAUUCAGAUAGUCAUGGUAGUCAUAAAGAUAAUUCUGUUUUUUAUCCGGAAAAGUCGGUUCUUAGUCCAAGUCAUUGUCGUACUCAGGAUGAAAAAUAUUCUGAACAAGAAAGAACUUUAGCACAAGCGGAAAAACCAAAUGUAAUAGAAAAGCACAGAUAUACAGAAAAGCCCCAAAAUGUAGAAAAAGCAUCUUAUGAAAAGUUACAGUACUCCAAAAACUUGAGGCAAAGUUUUGAAGAAACGCGACAUUUGGAGAAGGCUUCUUUGGAAACUGCAAGAACGGGAGACAAAUCGUGCGUUGACAAGCCAAAGCCAUUAAAUGAUCACUAUGAGGAUAAAUCGAGACGGGGAGAGAAAUCUGAUGUCGAAAAACCUCGCCAUGUUGAAAAAUCCCAUCAUCCAGAAAAACACCGGCAUAUGGAAAAAUCCAUGCAUUCGGAAAAACCGCGUCACAUGGAAAAGUCACAUCAUUCAGAAAAACAUCGACAUUUAGAGAAGUCUCAACAUGUGGAGAAGUCCCGACAAGCCGAUCAUCACCAGACUGUUGAAAAUUUUCUGGCGAGUAUAGGAAGACUACCGCCAAAACCAGAAAGCUUAACUUCACAUGGAGAGGCCUCAUCUCUCAGUGGAAAAGUGCCAUAUGAUGAAAUGCCUUCGGACUUAUCGAAGCAUUUCAGACAAGGUGAUUUGUUCAAGCCUAUUGACAAACCGAAGGAUUUUUCAAGCUAUGAAAUGUUCAAACCUUAUGCGGAAACGUCAAAAACACACGCGGGGGACUUCUCUAAACAUCACAGAUCGAAGGAACACUACAGGCAAACUGACAUCUUGAAGACGCAGUCGGAAAGGCAAAUAAUAGAGUCUCCUCCAUCCCGUCAUGACACUCCUUCUUCAUCAAAGCAUAGCAGAAGUAACGACGUUCGAAGCGACAACUUGUCCACUCCAAAGCACAGACUGAUGGACUUGCCAAAAAUGUUGGAUGACAGCGGGGUUAUAGUUAAGAAUACUUACCAGUCCAUAGAAGAUAUUAGAAAGCUGCCAAGGGAAGAUCAUAAUGCUGUGAUAUCAAAAGUUUCUCACUGCCCAGGAAUUGUGUCGGAUAAAAGGAAAAUACUGUCGGAUCCGAGAACUCCCGAUUUAUUUACGGAAAUGAGAUCCUCGGAUUACUUUUCAAAAGCUGCGAAUAACGUUAUGGAUUACCAUUCGACCCCCGUGAAAACAGAGGGUGACGAUAUUCAGAUGGUGAUGGAAAAUUUAAAGGCUCUCCAGAAGUUGUCUUGUUCUCCUGUGAAAAAUGAUAACUCUUCUAGUUCGCCAGUGUCGGUGAUCGCGUACAACAAAAACUUUUCUUCGUCCAAGUCGAAUUCUGUACAAAAGAGCGACUCAAAUAAUAAGGGAGAUUUGACGGGUGGGUUCCAGGACGAGUUCCAGAAGCAGUUUAUCAAUUCCUUGCAACAAAUGGCUGCCAAUCCUAGCACUUCAAAAUCCAGUUAUAAUAGGUGCAGUUAGUAACUCGAUUUUGGAAUUUCCUCUGUUUAUUUUGAUUUAUGAAAGCUUAUCACUUUAUCAUGGACUUCAGAAGUUUCAUUAUUUUUUACUUUGUAAAUAGAAAAUAUUAUAUAGUAUUUUUAGGAGAAAAGAAAAAUUUAUACCUUCCUUGUAAGUACUCUUUUGUUUUGUACAUUGAAAAUUGUUUAAAAUAGUUUUUUAGUCAUUCCUUGUAUUUAUUUUCGCCUUGUAUAUUGAAAAUAUGUUGUACUUUUUGAAUAUAUUUUUUCAAACGAAAAAAUUGUGAAUUUUCCUGUAAGAAUGAUUUUAUUAAAAGAGCUUUAUAAAA